AAAGUCUGCUGAGGAGCUGGAGAGCUGUCUGGAUACACAGUGAACACUUUCAGCUGGAGCCGAGUCAUUUUAGCAUCUAGACCUUACCUGCUUUUUAAAAAUCUACGUUAAGGACCACACACAAUGCCAAACUGGGGAGGAGGCAACAAGUGUGGAGCAUGCCGUGGGACAGUGUACCACGCUGAGGAAGUGCAGUGUGACGGGAAGAGUUUCCACAAAUGCUGUUUUCUCUGCAUGGUCUGCAGGAAAGGCUUAGACAGCACCACACUGGCUAUCCAUGACCAGGAGAUCUACUGCAAGUCAUGCUACGGGAAGAAGUACGGCCCUAAAGGCUACGGCUACGGUCAGGGGGCGGGGACGCUCAACAUGGACCGAGGAGAGCGGCUGGGAAUCAAACACGAAGAGACACAGACUCACAGACCAACCACCAACCCCAACCCAUCCAAAUUUGCCCAGAAGUUUGGAGGUUCAGACAAAUGUGCCCGGUGUGGAGACUCUGUCUAUGCAGCGGAGAAGAUCAUGGGGGCAGGCAAGCCGUGGCAUAAGAACUGCUUCCGCUGUGCAAAAUGUGGCAAAAGCCUGGAGUCGACCACGCAGACUGAGAAAGACGGAGAAAUCUACUGCAAAGCGUGUUACGCUAAGAACUUUGGGCCCAAAGGGUUUGGUUACGGCCAAGGAGCCGGCGCUCUGGUUCACGCUCAGUGAUGGCUCAACUGGAUCCAUCACACCUUUUUAUACUUCUAUUAUAUUCCUCUGUCCAGCAUCAACCAGCCCUUCUCUUGUGUUUUCUCCCUCAUGUGCUUUCAUGUUGAAGUAGGUGCUCUCGAUUCAAAUAAAAACAUUAAC